GCACACAGCCUGGCACAAGCGCCAUGGUGUCGUCACCGCCACUUAGUGGCGAAUGGCGGCGGUUGUUGUUGUUGUCUUGUGUGUCUCUCACUCCGUCUCUCGCUCCGUCUCCCGCCCGUGGUCCAGGCCGUCACCACGGCCAUGCGCAAGGGCGAAGACGUGGAGACGUCUAAGAAGUGGUCGGCGGGUCAGAACCGUCAGCACGUCACUCACCGCAACACGGCGAAGCUGGACCGCGAGACGGAGGAGCUGCACCACGACCGCGUGCCGCACGAGGUGGGCAAGAUCAUCCAGAAGGGGCGCCAGGACAAGGGGCUCACGCAGAAGGACCUCGCCACGAGAAUCAACGAGAAGCCCAACGUGAUCACGGAUUACGAGGCUGGCAAGGCGAUCCCCAACAACCAGAUCCUGGGCAAGAUCGAGAGAAUCAUCGGUCUGAAGCUGAGGGGCAAGGAGCUGGGAGAGCCGAUGGGUGCAGUCAUCCCCAGCAAGAAGAAAUGAAACCCUGCUGCCCUUCCAGCCCUGCCCCCGCCUGCCCUUCUCCCUGUCAGUCCCCUGCGUGACAUGAAGCUACGUCGGCUGGGCUGACGAUGAUGCCGCCAGCCAAUGCUGUGCUGGUUAAUGCACGCACUCGCGUACGCACACACGCAUGCGCUCGCACACACACUCACGCACACACACUCACGCACACACACACAUGCGCUCGCACACACACUCACGCACACAUACUCACACACACACUCGCACAUGUGUGCACGCUCACACUCGCACGCACACGCAUGCGCUCGCACACACACACACGCACACACAGUGCCACACACACUGCACACCUACCCACACACACACAGCGCCACACACGCACACACAGCGCCACACACGCACACUCGGACCACCUCACCACAGCUCCAACUCCAACCACCAGUCCGUGGUGGUUGCUGUCAAUUGUGAACCCCCACGCCACUCACCACGCUACUCACCACGGACACUCACCAACGGACACGCUUGCAACGCGGCCCAGUCACACACCUCGCCCCCCCCCCCCCCCUACUCCACAACCACUCGCUCACAAGUGGACAAAGGGGUCGGAGGGGCGGAUUGCUUCCGCUGUGACCCCCCCCUUACCCCCCCCCCCCCCGUCGCCGCUAGGUUGAGCUGGAAGUCCGAGAUAAUUCGGGGGGGGGGUCAGGUUUGGAGCGUUCGGGGGGGGGGGGGGUCAUUGUUCAAGGGGUCAGGGUAGACGUGGCAGGAGGCUGGUGCUUUGGUCUUAUGAUUAGUCGUGUGGUUGGGGUGUCAAGUGUUAGGACUCGUGUGUGUGGGGGUGACGUUAGUCUCACGGCGGCUGUGUGUGUGGGGGUGACGUCAGUCCCACGGCGGCUGUGUGGUUGGGGCUGGUGGUUAGCGUUGGGGUUCAGUGUUGGUUGCGAAGCUACGUUGAGUACUUGGGGCUACGAUUGCUUGCGUCAUCUGUCGGCCAUCCGGGUUUUGCCGACUUGAGCGCAAUUUGGUUCUUCUUGUCACCCGCUAAUUGGCGACGUUCUCUUGAGCAGCAGCAGCAGCAGCAGCAGUAGUAGUAGUAGCAGCAGCUGCAGUAGCAACAGCAGUAGUAGUAGUAGCAGCAGCAGUAGCAACAGUAGUAGCAACUGCAGUAGCAGCACCUCGCCUGUCACUGGCCUUUCCCCGGUUCCUGUCGCCCACACGACCGGCACUCCGACUCCAAUUCCUCUCAGAGUACAAAACAACGCAGUCUUCCCACUCAUCAUCACCACCACCACCACCACCCAGCCCACCCACUACUUCCCCGAUACAGCUAAAUAAUUAAAUAUGUUUUUAUAUUCUAAUUGACACACGUGGUUUUCUUUUCCAUUUCUUUUAUGCAGGCAACCUCGCCCCCCCCCCCCCGGUACUCUUCUUUGGUGUUUUUUUUAACCGACCCAAAAGUUGCUGCUUAUAAUCCACAAAUUUUUUGUUUUUUAGAGAAUUGCUGCAGCAACCAUUGCCCGUGACACGUGCCCGUGACAGUCGCCAUACAAAAAUGUCCCCGGUGUGUCGCGGCCUUCGAGGCUCGGGGAAGGGAGUGGAGGGGGGGGGGGGUCUUGGGUUGCAUGCAACCAGAGCCGGGUUGCAACGCAAUCGAACCACCCGCAAGUCACCGGCGAUUCCCGGUCAAAAUCUCCGAGCGGUCUCGGUUGAGCGCUAAAGCCGUUGUUUGUUAGUGGUGGCGAUUCGGUGCUGGAGGAGCAGCAACUGCGGACUUAGGUGGAGAGCAUUUAUCUGGUCCUGGUCGCGGUGGUGGUGGCUGUUGUUGUUGUUGGUUGUUGCAAGUUGUGGUCCUGCGACGGACAACAGUGUUGGGCUAAAAGCACGCGCGUGAUUUUCUUUUUGUUUUUGCCGAACUCUCUCCUCCAGCCCCCCCACCCUCCCCCGUUACACCAUCACCACGAAUCACAUUUUCAUGAAAAAAUAAAAAUGUCAUUGAAAAAAGAAUUCCUUGAGCCUUC